AGGCCGUUCCUCUACCGCGACCAGGAUCACACUCCCGGCCCGUUCCUCACGCAGCUCGUUUCCACGCUCGCCGCGUUCCUGUCGGGUCACAACCCGCUGCUGGCUGCCUCCUCCCUGGAUCUAAACCCUGAGGUUAACUAUUACUGGCAUCAUGGUGAGGAAGUUGUUGUUCAUGGAUAUCGAAAGGGGAGAGUUGAUCCCGUGCGAUUUCAGAUCGAUGAUAAGCCACACCUCCAGAUUCGUGUACCCAAGCAGCUUCCUGAGGUUGUACCCCUGGAGUCAGAUCUUGGAGAUGUUCCUGUUAUUGACCAUAAACCAUCGAAACUGCCAUUGUUCAAAAAGCAGUAUGAAAAUAAGGUGUUUAUAGGAUCUAAGGUUGCAGAUCCAUGCUGUUAUGGACAUACCCAGUUUCAUCUUAUUCCUGAUAGACUGAAACGAGAGAGGCUUAUAAGAGCACGUCUGGAGGAUCAGAUUGAAGUUGUUAAUCGGUCAAAUGGUAUUGCAAGUCUCUUUGCCUGGACAGCAGCACAAGCAAUGUAUCAAGGAUUCUGGAGUGAAGCAGAUGUGACUCGUCCUUUUGUAUCACAGGCCGUAGUGACUGAUGGAAAAUACUUUGCUUUCUUUUGUUACCAGCUAAACACUUUAGCACUAACUGCAGAAACUAUCAAAAAUAACCCUCGAAAGAAUAUCUGUUGGGGUACAGACAGUAAGCCACUGUAUGAUGUUGUGGAAGAUGGUAAUGUGAAAGGCUUUAAUGAUGAAGUUCUGCUUCAGUUGGUUCGUUUUCUACUAAACAGACCAAAAGAGUUGUAAAUCAUUAAACAAAUACUCCUUUGUAUGUACCUAACUUCAUUGUAGCUCUUUCAAGUAUGAGCUAGAAUAUGCCUUGGUUUUAAGUCAAGUAUGUGUCUAGCAAGCACUAUAUACGUAUUUUUAUGUUAUUUUGGCCUUAUUUCUUGUAUUUUAAAUGU